CCAGGGUGUAGCAGUGGUAACGCGGAGGGACACCUGGUAUGCAAGCCGGCUCAGCACACCACUGUCACAUGACACCGAGGAUGUCACGUGAGGCAGGAGGAGAGUGCUCGGGAGGGGCGGAAAUCGGCUGCUCCCGGCGAGGAGUAAACUGCGGACUCUGACCGAGCAAAAAGCAACCGGGGUGGACAGCCAUGCCCAAGUACUGCAGGGCUCCGAACUGCUCUAACACUGCGGGCCAACUGGGAUCAGACAACCGCCCAGUGAGCUUCUACAAGUUCCCGCUGAAGGACGGCCCCAGGCUAGAGGCUUGGUUGCGAUGCAUGGGCCGGGAGCACUGGGUGCCCAGCUGCCACCAGCACUUGUGCAGUGAGCACUUCACACCUUCCUGCUUCCAGUGGCGCUGGGGCGUGCGCUACCUGCGGCCAGACGCGGUGCCCUCCAUCUUCUCCCGGGUGCCUCCAGCCAAGAGCCCGCGGAGGACCCGAAGUACCCAGAAGCCAGAGGCUCCUCCUCCUCCUCCUCCUCCUCCUCCCGCGCCACAGGAGGCAGGACUCCCCCUGGAGUCCACGGUUGCGGCCUCUGGCCCAGUGCACGUAGUGGUGCUGGGGCCUGCAUCUGACAGCGCCAAGGCUGCGUCCACCGUGCUCCUGACCCCCCUGCCCCUUCCCUCCGCUCCUGCAGGGCGGAGGACUGGAGUUUCUACCCAGCACCCACGGGYGGGACUGGGAGCGGUGCUGGGAGCACUGCAGCGGCGGGUGCGGAGGCUGCAGCGGCGCCACCAGCGGCACCAGGCUCAGCUCCAGGCUCUGGAACAGCUGGCGCUGCAGCUGCGCACGGAGAGCCUGCAGGCUCGGGCGCACCAGGGCCAGUUUCGCGUGCUGCCUGGAUCUGAGGAAUCCCAAACCUUCACCAUCAUCUGUGGAGGGCCUGACAUAGCUGUGGUCCUUGCCCAAGACCCUGCACCUGCCACACUGGAUGCCAAGCCUGAGCUGGACACCCAGUCACCCAGUGCCUAAGGGUCAGGACGGACAAUGUCAAGGGACAGAAGAUGCAAGAUGGAAGAAGAGAGCCCAUCACACAUGUGCUUGGCCCAGCCCUAUCACCCAUGCCUGGGGAGGAGCAGUGCUUUCCCCAAGUACCUAGAUUCUUCUCCCCAUGUCUAGGGAUCCCUUGAAUCUUACAGGUGACUGGGCCCCAAACCCUUAUCCCCCUGGGUACCUGGCCCCUGCCACCCCCAGCUCAAAUCUCUGCAGUCAGUAAAAYAACAUCAGCAGAAAAGGAGUCAUUUGGGGAGUUCUGUACCGGUUCCAAAGAGCCCUUGGCACCUUGUGCCAAGCCUGCUGCUGAAUUGGGGACAUGGCAGUGGACACAGCUAAAAACCAUCCCUGCUCUCAUGGUGCUCACAUUUUUCUUGAGUUGAAGGUGAACUAGUGUACCAAUAAACUGGAUCACUUCUGA